AUGUGUGUACCACCGGUUUCCCCUGUUUCAAAAGUGUUCUCCAAUCAACAUCUACUUGAAAACAUUCUCAGUUAUCUCUCCAAUGAUUUCAUGCAAAAUUUGGAUGUUAGAUUAGUCAACAAGUCAAUCAAUAACACAUUUCUACGAUUGAUUCGCCAAAAUCAUCGAAGAAUGAAAAUUGAGUAUAUUUGUGAGCAGAAAAAGAUUGAAGAAGUACCCAAAGACUAUAUUUAUAUCAACUAUCGGAAAAUCAAUAAUCAGAAUGUGCAGGGAUAUUUUAUAUUUCUGAGUACUGCAGUUGGUGUGAAAGUGGAGAAAAUCAUCACAAAAAGGCUUUGGAUGUUGGAAAAGAAAUUUAUGCAAAGACUUCACAACUUCAUUCAUUCUCAACUGAUUGGGACUAAUGGACAACACAUCCAAUCAGUGAUAGGUUUGGAGGAAAUAUGCGAUGGAUGCUUGCAAUGCUCAAAAAUCGCCAAAAAGGGCCGUGAUUAUGGUCCCGUGAGAUUUGAUACAUUAAAAACGAUGGAUUAUUCUAAAAACUACGAAAAACUUCAUGUUUCUGAUAAGUAUCUCCCGAACGGAACCGCAAAUCUGAAAUUUGACCAUCGUCAUAUGCCACGAGAAGUUAUAGAUACCAUUCUGAGAAAAUGGAGUGUGAAAUCAAUUCAACUCAAUAUGAUAUAUUUUACGAGUGAAGGAUUAUGCAGUGUCGACUGGUUACAGUAUGACUAUUUCACUCGAGUCAGACUAAAUGAUUCAUAUUCGGGAACUGAGAAGUCCUCAGAUCUGAAAUUCACUCGUGUCAAUGUUAGGAUGUCUGAUUCCAUAUAUUGUGUUAAGGAAUUGGGAAACAGACAAACAGAACUACAAGAGCCCAAAGGAUAUGACAAUUUCAUUCCCAAUAUCAGAAGAUUAUUCCCAACUGACAACAUAUCGAUUGAUUUGUCACAUUGGUAUUGUAUCGCUAGAAACGAUAUAGAGAAAAGGAUAUCAACUAUAUUAGAAGUGGUCACCAUGGAAAAAGAGCAGAAGUUGAGUUUGAAUAUAAAGUUUUUCGUCGAAUUGCCAAAAAUGGAAGAGAAAAGAAAAGAAGAAAUGCUGAAAAUUGCUUCUCAAUAUAUCCCUCGAGAGAUCACUUUGCACUGCUUCAAAAAGUCGCUAGAGUUAAAUGAGAAGAAAGGUUUUAAUGAAGAAAAAUGGAUCGGAAAAAGAUUUCAAGUGGAAGACUUUAAUUUGGACGUUUACGUCAAGGAGAAUGAAUUGGAGGAGGAUAAGAACUUAUUGCAUGAAUACCCGAAUUCAUUUGUUAAUCACUUCUUCUCUUAUGAAAAAAGAAAUUAA